AUGUCAGACACAGAAGAAAACACGUCCUUGGCGGACCCAUGUGUCCUCAUCACCAGCUCCGAUGACACGUUUAAAGAAGAUGACUUAGUAAAGCAGAUUCUGAAUUCAAAUACUUUGCCUGAGCCCACAAAAACGGACAAAGGUGUAGUCUGGUAUCCGUGGACCAUCAACAACAAAUACUACACAGCAGAAGUAUCUUUAUGCGCCGUCCCCAGUACGUUCCAUAUGACAUUCGAGAUUUUCCAGGCGACGCAAGCUUUCAUCGCUUAUUUUGACAGUUCAGACAAAGAAGGACUAGAGAAGUUGAAACCGUGGAUUUCAGUGGUUGAAGAGAUCGCUCCAGAAGUUUUAAUCUUAGUCUGUGACAAAGUUUGUGAAAAUGGGGUGACGAGACAUGAAGCGCAGCAGUGGUGUUUGUCUCAUUCUUUUGAACUGAUCGAGCUGAACCCCCAGGAUCUCCCCGACGAGGAGGAUGACUUUCCAGAAUCUACAGGAGUGAAGCGUAUUGUCCAAGCCCUGAACGCUAACGUCUGGUCCAACGUAGAGAUGAAAAACGAGAACGGUCAAGGGCUCGGCCUCAUGAGCAGCUUGAUGGCGGUGGCAGCGAGACACAACGGUCCUCGGAGCAGCGCGGAGCCUUCUCUCUCAAAUCUACCCCCGGCUGAUGAGGAGCAGCUUCAGCAAAAGGAAAGUGAGAAAUCUGCCGCUCAGGAGGGCGCUGUGGUCGACGCCAUGACAGAUUUGGACAUCCAGGAACUCGCCGAUCUCACCGCCGGAAACGCAGACGUCGAUAACUUUGAGCGUCUUUUCACAAAACUAAAAGAGAUGAAAGACAAGGCGUCGUCGUUACCUCACGACCAACGCAAAGUCCACGCAGAGAGAGUAGCAAAGGCUUUUUGGAUGGCCAUUGGAGGCGACAAUGACGAAAUAGAAAGUUUAUCCUCAGGAGAAGAAAGCUAG